AUGUCUGCUGGUCAGGAAAACCUCGUCGAGAUGCCUACUGUCUCCAAGGAGGCCGCGAAGAAGAUCUCGCAUUUGGAGCAGGAGUUCAUUCGCGCGGAGGUUGAGCAGCUCCGCCAAUCCGUCCCCCUUCUGCAGCCCCUCUACGAGAAGCGCAACAACCUCAUCACCACCCCCGAGAUCCAGAAUGACUUCUGGAUCCGUGUCUUCUCCAACGCCCCCGCCGACAUUGACGAGUACGUCUUGCCCUCGGACGCUGCCGUGCUCGGCUCCUCGCUCAAAAAUUUGAGCGUUGAGCGGUUCGAGGUCAACGAGAAGGGUCAGGGUGAGCCCCGCAGCUUGCGCUUCACCUUCGAGUUCCAGACCGGCGACGAGAACCCCUUCUUCGAGAACGAGAAGCUCGUCAAGGACUUCUACUGGCGUACCCAGGUCACUAAGACUGCUGAGGGCAAGAGGCGCACCUGGGAGGGUCUGGUCUCGGAGCCUGUCCGUAUCAACUGGAAGGAGGGCAAGGACCUGACCAAGGGUCUGUUGGAUGCUGCCUGUGACCUUGCAGAGGCUGAGAAGAAGGGUGGUGACCGCAAGGAACUGCCUGAGUUCGAGAAGCUUGUCAACAAGAUUGCUGAGGUUCAGACCGAGGCCGCCGCUGCCGCUGCUGAGGACGACGAGGACGAGGACCCCGAGAGCCCCGCUGGCGCUAGCUUCUUCGCUUUCUUCGGUUACCGUGGACGCAGUGUUACCGCUGAGGAGUCCAAGCAGGGUGUCAAGGACGAGGAGGAGCGCUGGGCUAAAAUUCAGAAGGGUGAGGCUGUCGAAGACGAGGAUGAUGACGAGGAUGAUGACGACGACGAUGAGGAUGACCUCGAAUUUGCCGAGGUCUUCCCCGAUGGUGAAGAUCUCGCCAUCUCCAUCGCCGAAGACCUCUGGCCCAACGCCCUCAAGUACUAUGUGCAAUCGUACGAGAUCGCCGAGGACCUCGAAGAGCUCGAUGAUGAAGACUGGGAUGACGAGGAGGACGAUGAUGAUGAGGAGUCGCGCCCCCGUAAGAAGACCAGAGUCUAA